UGAGAUGGCGUCUAGAACCCUAGAUGGCGUUCCAUAUAUUUGCAAAUGGGCGUGGCAAAUAAAAUGUCAUGAAGUUGAUUAAUCAAAGUACAGAUGGCGCUACUAACCACGAAACCAAGCAGACAGCAUUGUACAGUUUCAGCUGUCAAGUGUUAGCAUUUAACAUCAAGCUGAGAUUUAACGAGCAAGCUCAUAGAAUUUCUCAAAAGAGCUUGUUUUACACCUACGCUGACAUGCCGUGCUGGUACUACGAAAAGAAAGAUCUGAAAAGGGAGACUCCUUCUAUUCACGAUGGCAUCGAUUUUGAAACGGAAUCCCGCUACCGGAAAGAAGGAGCACGUUUUAUUAUUGAUACUGGAACAAAAAUGGGACUUCGUUAUGACACAAUGGCAACUGGCGUGGUUUACUUCCAUCGAUUCUACAUGUUUCACUCUUUCAAAGAGUUUCCUCGAUAUGUCACUGCAUGCUGCUGUCUGUUCCUUGCUGGCAAAGUUGAAGAAACACCCAAAAAGUGCAAAGACAUUAUUAAAGUUGCAAAAGCGUCAUUGUCAGAAGCACAGUUUCAACAAUUUGGUGAAGAUGCCAAGGAAGAGGUAAUGACACUUGAAAGAAUUUUACUGCAGACAAUAAGAUUUGACCUUCAAGUUGAACAUCCAUACGGUUACCUCAUAAAGUAUGCCAAAUCCCUUAAAGGAGAUAAAUCCAAACUUCAAAAAAUGGUGCAGAUGGCAUGGACAUUUGUUAAUGAUAGCUUAUGCACCACAUUAUGUUUACAAUGGGAACCAGAAGUGAUUGCCAUCGCUCUCAUGUAUUUGGCUGGGAAAUUAAGUAAAUUUGAAAUAACGGAUUGGAGCGGUAGACAGCCACGGCAUAUACGAUGGUGGGAUAUGUUUGUAGAGGAUAUCAGUUUAGAAAUACUAGAAGACAUCUGUCACCAAGUAUUAGAUUUAUAUUCCCAACAGCCUGCACGAUCAGAUUCCCCUCAAGGGAACGCGGGACUUGUUCCGACGAAAGUACAGCCUGUUUUACCAAUUACGACUCCCACGAAGCCAGUUAGUGGACGUAGCGCUGGAGGAUUCGAUCAACGGUUAGACGCUAUGCAACCUAAAGUCGAAGUAGCUGCGGCAGCGGGAUACGUGAAUUACGCAAUGGGAGUCACCAAUACUAAUUCUUUACCUGUUGGCGUUCCACCCAACCUAAACGUGGCUCCGCCUAUCAAUGUACCUCAUCCACUUCCACCACCACCAGUCGGACAUUCGUUUCCAUAUCCAGGUUAUCCUAUGAUACCUCCUACAGCGAAUCCCCCUGUUCCUCCGACUCCACCACAAGUUUACCCUCCUCCACUUCCGCCAACGCAAUCAGCUCCCUUUUACCCAACAUAUCCUUCUUUCCCUGGGCAAGUGUAUCCUCCUACGCCAACUUCAUCACAACCACUUCCUCCUCCGCCUCGCCCAUAUUAAAAGUUUGAAUUACAACUUUAGGUCUUAGCA